UUGAGUGUGACAGAGGCAAGCAGGCAAAACCGCUAGAUUUUGGGAAUUACACAGGAGCCGAUCCAGACCAACUUAUUUGUUUUUUUAUAUACGAAUAAACCUAAUAAUUUUUUCCUCUCUCUCUUGUUUUUUUAGAAGCUGCGCUUGAGAUAAAGUCCACGGAAACCUCCGGGAUCGGAGAUAACACUGAGGAAAACUUUUGAAGAGUCAGCGAGACAACUGACAAAAGUUUGAGAAUAUACUUUUUUUCUUAUUCAGAAAGAUGACAGUGUGGAUCUGGCUGUGACCGCUCAGUCGUGAAUCUCGUCGACCCUUGGAUUAAGUUUUUUUAGAGGGCGAGGUAACGGUAAUCUGGACAUUCCCACGCAUCCUAAAAGUGAUGUAAAUCUCUUCUGAGGCUAAUUAAUCCGACCGCCAAACUCUUUAAGACACAAUACUGAGCCUGUUCGUAGGUGUUGAAGACGUUUGGAUUGACUCACACAUCCCUUGGAUUAAUUAACGACUUUGGACCAAAGGGAGUUGUGCGCCCGGGCUGCCAUGACAUAAUGGGACACUUGGAAAAUCAACGGUGCUGAAUACUUUUGGAAUGACCGGAUGAUGUGCGUUGGUUACUGAGCGGAGGAUCUCAAAGCUGACCAUUCAUUCACAUUCAAAACCUCAAAGAUAACUUCAGUUUCUUCUCGCCCUCCUCGCACUCGUCUGAAAGCUUCAUGGUGGAGAUAUGGGAUGACUGGAGGCGGGGGUGCAGCUGAGGUGAGAUCCAGCCGAAGGACAAUGUUUGCGCCCGGCGUUGGCAUCCCUCUGCUGCCGGGGCGUCUGGUACUGAUGCUGCUCCUGCUGUCCGCCUCCGAGCCGAGGCUUUCCCAGGCUUGUCCCGGGCUGCUCGCCUCCACCAGCGGCUGCAGCUGCACGGACGAGCGGUCCAAAGCGCACGGCGUCCAGGCUUUGGGCAGAAAGGUCAGCUGCAGCAAGGAGGAGCUUACUGAACCUCCGGAUCCCAGCCUGCUCCCCAACAGGACAGUCACUCUGAUACUGAGCCACAACAAAAUUCGAGUUCUGAGAAAUGGAUCCUUCUUUGGACUUUACGCUUUGGAGAAGCUGGACCUCAAACACAACUUAAUCAGCACCAUCAUGCCUGGAGCCUUCCAAGGCCUGUCUGAGCUUCGGAAACUCGACCUAUCCAACAACCGCAUUGGCUGCUUGACUGCAGACAUGUUCCAGGGGCUGACCAAUCUCACUAAGCUGAACCUCUCUGGCAACAUCAUAUCCACCAUGGAUCCAGGAGUGUUUCAGGAGCUGCCGUCCCUCAAGCAAGUUAACUUCAACUCAGACUACCUGUCAUGUGACUGCGGGUUGCGUUGGGUCCCGGGCUUCUUACGCAGCAGUUCAGUCCGGCUGGGGGACGAAACCCUGUGUGCCUACCCCAGGAGCCUGAGGGGAAAGCCUCUGCGUGGACUAAGGGAAAGCCAGCUGAGCUGUGACGGCCCUCUGGAGCUGCACACCCUGUCGUUGCUGCCGUCCCAGCGUCAGGUGGUCUUCAAAGGUGAUCGGCUGCCCUUCCACUGCACUGCUGCCUUGGUGGACAAGAUCACCACCUUGCACUGGCGUCACAACGGUCGCCUGGUGACCUCUGACCCAGAGAUGGGCGUCCAACUGGAGGACAGUGUGCUGCAUGAUUGCACCUUCAUCACCAGUGAGCUUAUUCUAUUCAACGUACAUGUGGAGGCCAGUGGAGAGUGGGAGUGUGUGGUUUCCACUGGGCGGGGCAAUACGUCUCGCAGUGUUGAAAUAGUGGUGCUGGAGAACAGUGCCUCCUUCUGUCCAGAGGAUAAAGUUAUCAACAACCGUGGGGAGUUCAGGUGGCCACGAACCCUGGCAGGCAUCACCUCCCACCAGUACUGCCUGCAACUGCGUUACCCUUCCCUGUCUGUGGAGGGGGGUAUGGAGCAGAAAAAAGCCUCUCGCUACUGUGAUCGUUCCGGAAAGUGGCAGGAGGGUGACUACUCAAACUGUCACUACACCAACGGCAUCACCCGUGUCCUGCAUACCUUCAUUCUGAGGCCCAUUAACACGUCCAAUGCCGUCACUGUGGCACAUCAGGUGCGCACAUACACCUUGGAGGCUGCAGGCUUCACUGACUCAGUAGAUGUGUUGUAUGUGGCACAAAUGAUGGAGAAAUUUAUGGAAUAUGUCAGACAGCUGCGAGAGUUGUCGGAGGUGUUGGUUGAGAUGGGCAGUAACCUGAUGCAGGUGGACGACCAGAUCCUCGCUCUUGCCCAGAGGGAAAAGAGAGCCUGCAGCUCCAUAGUGUACUCUCUAGAGACUCUGGCCUGGCCUCAGCUACACAGUCAUGCUCAGGACUUCUCCAUGGUUUCGAGGAACAUUGUGAUGGAGGCCCACCUAAUUCGACCGGCCCAUUUCACUGGCAUAACGUGCACUGCGUAUCAGCGUCGUGAGGUCUCAACAGGCAGCCAGGGAAUGGAAAUGGCGGCAGAUUCUGCCCAUGAACAGCAGCUUCAUUUCCGCUGCAGCACUGGCUCCCACAACACCUCCCUGAACAAUUUUCUCCUGAAGAAUUCGAUAGCCAUGGCGUCUGUGACUCUCCCAGCGACUCUGUUUCCUCCCGAUGCCUCUGCAGACUGUAAGCUGCAGUUUGUAGCCUUCCGAACUGGCAGCUUUUUUCCUGUGUCAGGGAACUCAAGUAACACAGGAGAACACUCCCGCAGACGUAGCGUCAAUACUCCUGUCAUCUUUGUAGGCCUAGAUGGUUGCAGAAUGUCGAACCACUCUGAAUCCAUCUGGGUGUCACUGCGCCACUUGUCCCCUGGUACUGAUGCUGUGGCAGCCCAGUGGAGACUUCAGGGACCAGAGAAACCAGGAGGCUGGAGCCAGGAGGGCUGUCAACUGGUCCACAGUGACAGCAGCACCUCCACGAUGCGCUGCUCUGUGCUUAGUAACUAUGCUGUGCUGCAGGAGGUGCCUGACUUCCCCAGCUCCCCACCCAGCUCUGUAAGGGUGCUCCACCCUGUGGUCUAUGCCUGCACUGCAGUCCUCCUCCUGUGCCUCUUCACCAUCAUCAUCACACACAUACUCCAUCACAGUUCUAUUCACAUAUCAAGAAAAAGCUGGCACACAUUACUGAAUACCUGCUUCCACAUCGCCAUGACAACAGCCAUCUACGCAGGAGGCAUAAGUUUGACCAGCUAUCCGGUGGUUUGUCAAGCAGUGGGCAUUGCCCUGCACUACUCGUCACUGUCGACCCUGCUGUGGAUCGGAGUCAGUGCCAGGGUCAUCUACAAAGAAGCUGUGUGGAGACUGCCGCGGCAGCUGGAGGGAGAGUCUCCCGCUCCACCUACUCAGCGGCCUAUGCUCAGGUUCUAUUUGAUAGCUGGUGGAAUCCCUCUUAUCAUUUGUGGAAUCACUGCAGCUGUCAAUGUCAAUAACUACGGAGACAACAGCCCUUACUGCUGGCUUGUGUGGCGCCCCAGUCUAGGGUCUUUUUUUGUCCCUGCUGGCCUAGUGGUGCUGGUGACCUGGAUCUAUUUCCUGUGCACUGUGUUUCGCCUGAGGCACCGUGUGGCCAAAGAAUGCACAGGAACCGCCCUGUCCUCUCCUGUGACUGAGAAUCAGCCUGCUCUGGCGGGAAGCACCAGCCUCCUCUCCACAGACUCAGUGGUGGGACCUAUAAACCCUGUUGUGGCUCCAGAGGACCAGUACUCGCUGAAGACACAGUUCUUGGUCCUGGUGGCCACCCACUUCCUGUUUGUGGUUCUAUGGUGCUGUGGAGCCAUGGCAAUGUGGUUGACAGGGCACAUUAGCUUGUUGUUCAGCUGUCUCUAUGGGAUGGCUGCCACAGUUUUGGGGGUGUUUCUGGUGGUGCACCACUGUUUCAGACGUCUGGAUGUGCAGGCCUCGUGGCUGGCAUGUUGCCCAGGCUACCGCCGUUCACAUCCCAUGUCUACUUACACACACACCUGCACCACCGGGAGUGGAGUGCAGACCUCUGAGCAGGGAUCCCAACUUUUCAUCAACUGCCAUCCACCCGGUGACUCUCAUAACUCUUCGUCAGCUAGGUCAUCAUCCACGCCAAGUGGGAUCAGCAGCGUGGGCCCUGGGCCCUGCAAGCUCACCAACCUGUUGCAGGUGGCACAAGACAAUCCAAACAACUCUUCACGUGCCCCUGCAGGCAACAACACUAGCACCAGUACUGACAACAUUACCAAGCCAACUAACAAUGUUCUGCCCACCAUUAACUCUGCAGCCCCAGUGCAUCCCCAAAGAAGGAAAGUGAGUAGCAGAACUAAACAAGGGAGCAGCCAGUAUCACCAUCGGGGUGAGGGCAGAGGUCACUACCGUCUCAAAGCUCUAAGGACUGCUGGAGGCGGGGGCAGCCUUGGGGCUUUAGGGCCCACAGGUUUAGAGCACCUUGGUUCUUCACAUGGGGUUUACAAACAGGCCACGAGUGAGAAUGGCAGCAUCCACCACAGUCUCUCAGAGAACCAGGCCAGUCCACUGACAAAUGGGAAGCGGGUGGGGGAGUCCGUGGCCACCAGCCCCUCAGAGGGAAGUGACGGGGGCAGUAGUGGGAGCCGCAAACCCUUCCCCCUGCUGCCCUCUAUGGCCAGCAGAGCGGCCAUGCACAGUGCUCAGAGACGAUGCGCCAGCAGAGACAAUUUGAAACUGGCUGCUGCUGCGGAGCGAGAAACGAAGCGCUGCUCAUACCCUUUGAACAGUGUCACCACCACUGUGCCAGGGGCCGCAGCCCCAAAUGGCACCCUGAAAAACUCAGUGCUAGAGCUGGAGCAGGAUAUGAGUGGCACAGACCAAUCCCAGAGCUCUGUUGGAAUGAAGAGUGGUUUGUGGAAAAGUGAAACCACAGUGUAACCUAUACUUACAUGUGAACUUCUAUGCAUGACCUUACUGAACUCUUAAAUGAUUGGGUUAUGUUUUAAUGGUCUCUUGAUUAUAAUAAUUAUAUAAUUUAAGAUAUAAAAUCAUGAAGGCAUCCAGGACCCUAAACUGGUACUCUUGCCUUUGUAGCAUUGUGAGAAUUUGCUGUGAAAUGAUGGAAAAAUAAUAAGGCUGUUUUUUUUUGUCAUUUUCAAACAUAAGAUACUCAUUUAUUUUAUCCAUUUCACAGAAAAAUGUACAAGAUGUCUCUGAAAUUGGCAUAUGAUGUUGAUUUUGGAUGUCUAAUGAAAGCUUUAUUGUUUUAGUUGUGAUUUUUCUAUGCAUAUCAACUAUAGCAUGAAAUGGGAUGCAAGAUGGUCCAUUUCCAAAUUACAGCUAUAUGCAUUUAAUCUGUGGACAGCCUUUCACCCUUAUGUUUGCUUCAAGUAAUUGUUUGCGUGUGCUCAUGUAUGCACUUGUAUGUUCUGUGUGUGUGUCUGCAGAAGUGUGUGUGUGUGUGUGUGUGCAUACAGUAGGAGAAUAAUUGUAUGAGUGCGGCUGUACAGAAUCUCUGAGUGAAUUAAAAAAAGCUAUGCGAGACUUUUGAAUAUAUGAUGAACACGUUUCAUUUGCAUCUCUAUGUACUCCCAUCAGCACUGACGGAGCUUCCCCAUCUAAUAAAUUCAGAAAGAAUAAAAAAUCAGGG